UCUUCAUCAGAGUACACGUUCUCCAGAGCCUGCUCAGGGGUUUGGAGUGACUCUGCAGCUAAAAGAUGGAAACCCAUAAGUCCAAGUUGUUGCAGGAUUAUGCUUAGUGGUUGAAAAUGGAAAAUAGGAGAAAUUGCUUUAUGCCCAAAUGCAAUGGAAGCCCACCUGCUGGGGUCCAGGCUACGGCUCCAUCUGGGGAACUAUUACUGGCUAUCCCUCACUUUUGUGUAAGUACCCAGAAUGACAUGCCAGGCUUCAAGUUCAGGAUUUGCAUUGCUCUUAUCCUCCUGAGCUCUGCAGCCAGCCAAGUGGGUUCCGUGAAUGCCUUGUACAGCUUGACAGUGACAGCAAUUGGAAGUGCAGUGCUUGGAAUUAUUUCAGACUCCUAUCAGUCAGUGACAGUAUUGUUAGUUGGAGGAAUAACUGCAGCUGCAACCCUGUUACUGUAUUUAUUUGCUCGGAAGACAAAUAAACCCCUGAUGAACCUCACCAUAUCGAGCAGUUCAAGCAUCCUGUGGGUUGCUGGGGCAAUUGCCUGUGUCAUUAUAAACUCAUAUAAGUUCCAGGCUUUGUAUGCUCUGUUUGGAAUUCUGUUCUUUGCUACUGAUCUAACAAGGACAGUGACUGAGCUCCACAGUAAGCCCGUGGAAAUGCAGCACUCCGUGGACCACACUGAGGCAGCACAAGGACUUUUCAUACCCGUUGCUAUGAUCUUCUUCUUUACUUUGCUAUUAGUUGGUUGAACACGUGGCAAAGCCAAAUAUUUUGGCUGCCUUCAACUAUCAGCAAAGUGCCACUUUUAACUAAAGUGAAGUACAUGACUACUCACUGAGGCAUUCUGGCAAGGUGGCUGUGGAAUGCAUUUACAAGUAAUGGUAUUUCUAUGGAUGAAAAAAUUCUUAAGAUAUUGUAGAAGUGUAUUAAUGAGAGAGUGAGCACAACGUACCAAGCUCGUCUGUGAAAUAUUUUCCUCACUGAUGAGAUGGUCCCAGUGCAAAGCUUAGGUCCAGGCCCCUUGAUCAAUGAACUAUGUUGCAUUUAUUGUCAGAAUUGCGCCCCAGUGAGAAGUUAUAGACUGCAGAGAAGAGGGGAGAUGUGUGAGGGGAUAAUGAUGGUUACAGUGAAUAUCUUUUUAAGGACUGUCAUUUGUACUUCUGGAUGCUUGGUAAUUUGAUAGAGCAGCAAACAGGAAGCUCAACAAAGUGAGGAGGAGAGCAAAAGCCAGGAGUGAUGUAAUCUUAGGAUUAACUGCUGCAACAUGCUGAGCAUGGGCACACAUCUCAUAUAACUCAUGUAGUGAGUUAUUUAAAAAUUUGAGAUUUAACCCUGUGUUGCAUUAUACUGCUGUUUUUGGAGCAUUACAGGCAUUUGGAAUAUCUUAACUAUUGACAGUAUCUCUUAAAUACAUUUUUGUCAGCUACAAAAGUUUAGGAGAACUUAAAUAACACCUGAUUCAGUACUUGCACUCUUCUCAUUAAAAUAUGCAGUUUAAAAUAUCCACUACCUCUAGUCAUCUGCAUAAUUUUUACCAGUCUGUUCAAAACUUUAUAAUCCACCAUCCAAGUAUAUAU